AGGCUGAACUCGACGACAUCGUUAUGUAAACGUAAUACUUAAUCGCGCGUCACCUGCUUACACUCUGCCAAUGGACCUGCGCGCAAUCAAUUAUUCAGACUGAUUUUCUUCGAUACACGAAUCGACAGUGAAACCUCCGAUCGCGCGCGCUGUAACGAAUUUGUCAAACGACGAAUCGAGGAGUAAUCGCUUUGGACAGCUCGGCGUGCGAUAACGCGACCUUUUUUUAUUGCACCCGACGAAACUAUUGCAGAAAGGAAUGAUAACCCGGCGUGUUCUUUGUUCGCGAAAGCAGCCCGAUAAAUUAGAGAAAAUAAGCGCUAUUAAUCGCGCAGUCUUUUCUUCAACGCACGGGAAGCACGCUCGAAUCGGGGGCCUCCGCUGCGUAUGCGCUCUCGGGAAAUGCACUAAACCGUGAAAUCGUACAGUCCCCCCUGACGCGCUAUAGCGAUCGUCUUUGUCUAUCUACCAGCAUGAAGCGAUCCACCUACGUUUCAUGGUUUUCACCGACAAAAGAGAGAGAAAGAGAGGCUCGCGUAAAUGAAUGAGUAACGAUCGCGUGCGGGUAUCAAUCAGAUCGUUAUCGUUCGACGGAGAUCGGGCGCAUCGACGGAUUCUAUUCGAGAAAUUGAGGAAUCGAGUCAGUGCCGAGCUCGGGGUCGAUCGAGUUAUUCCGGAGGUGUUGCUGCGAGUGUUAACAAUCUUCCAAAAUUCAUUUCUUCAUUUAUGCGCUUCGAGUUCAUCGGGGAAACUCGCACCGAGUCUGUUCCAGUUUCCUUUGCGCGGCUUUCUCGUAUAAAGUCUCGGUUGCAUACACCUUUUAAUAACGCCAGCGAAUUCUGAAACAUUUUGUAAAUGUGGAUUAGAGAGCUGACGGCAUUGCCGCCUAAAGUAACCUCCUUAUCGCAGGCUAUCAGUCUUCAAAAUGAGUAGGAAAUUGCGCCAAUUAAAAAGUAUACAUAUACAUUUAAAAAAAGCCUCCAGAUAAUGUCAAGGAUAACUUAAUUUUAAAAACGUUAUAAUCUCGUAACAUACGAAUAAAAUGAAUUAGCCGACUCGCUUUACUUUCAAUUGCCAAAGGCUUCAACUGUUUGCUCGAGCAACAUACGUGUACCCAGCUCCGAACAGACAUAUUAAUGAUGCAUUACACCGUGGCCUUGAGCGCACUGACUCAAAAUAUCCCCCUCGUCCAGCGUGUUGACGCGAAGCCUCCGAAAACUCUUAGAUGUGCUAUAAAUAUCACAAAGAACUUUUUACGAACAAUCAAACUUCCGAUUGCAUACACAACUAGCCUCGGAAAACUUUGCUACCUUCGAUGCGCAACGAAAUUUCCAAAAUAAAAGGAAUCGUUGGUCGAUCAAAAAUAGCAGCGCACGUGCGCGCGCAGACUGAAAUGAGCCGCAGCAGGAAAGGAAAAAUUGCGCGUUACUUUUGCAAAGGUGCAAUUCGAUUCCCCGGGACGGGACAGGUAAGCACUAUUGCAUCGUGACCGCGUGUCAGUGAACCGCGAAACCGAAGGAUACAUCCGUCGCCGCGUGCGAUUAUUGUAGACAUCGGGCUAUUCUCUCGUUUCCCACUGGCCGAUUUUAAAAAUGCGCUGACUUUGCAUUAUAGAUCCUUUUCCUCCUUGUCGGGCCAAGCAUCAAUUUGCCCUAUUACAGUAUAAUUAUCAGGUUCAAAAGUCGACGCGCCCCAUUUUUAGAUCGUCUCUCUUCGGUAUUUAAUAGGAUCAACAGUUAAAAUGUUACUAGAGCAUGACGUCUCGAUGAUCCUCAAUUAGCCGCUCGAUACGAUUCUACAAUAGUUAAGACUUAAGAAUCCCAUUCCUUUCUGUACAACGAAAAUUUAAAAAAAGGUUACUCCUCGAUUCAAAACGACCAAAGCAAGCAGUACGUGCGUUGCCUUAUCGCUUCAUCGCUCCGUGCAUGACCCGUAUAGAAAGCAAAAAAAAGUUAAGUUCCGCGAGUUUUCCGCUCGAUAUGAAACUACGCCAGAUCGCGUAGUAACAAAAAUGAGCGAAAAUUCCUAUUGGCGCUGAGAAUGUAAACAAUGCAUAUCUCGUCAUGCACGGGGUGGACGUAUAGAACGUAUGCUCUCAAGUGCUGUAUUAACCGACUCGUUCGCGCAGAUCAUCUCCCUCUCGCUACUAUCGCUGGCUCUCGCGACACAAAAGAAGCAACUCGCGAGGGUUCGAUCUCAGUGCUUUGCGCGGCAUCGAUGAGUUGGCGCGAUUACGAAGGAGAUCGAUCGGCGAUGGGACAACCGAUCCGGUCGAUCGAGAGCGCUAGUAGUGCCAUUUCGGACGCUUCGAGCUUCUUCGUCUGAGGAACGGAAAGUGCAAGGAAGGAAGGAAGGAAGGAACGUUGCGGACGGAAGGGGAUAACGAUCGAGCGAAAGGAUGGAGGGACUCGUCGAGCUCUUCCUCUUCUGCGGAGUGAUAUAUUACUUUUUUAGUCGUAGAGCCACCGAUAUGGUGGAUGUGAUACAGAAUCGCAUUCAGGAAGUGUACACGAGCUGGGAGUCGAACACGGACCCCGACAGAAUACCGGACGAUCUACACGUCCCGAGACUUUCUACAAAUGAACUACGACGGGCUGGUCUGUCGGUCCAGAAGCGGGCGGUCAAGAACAAGGAGCAGGCUCGGAUCAUCCGCAACAAUUCUCUCUUUCGGAUCAAGGAGUCCGAAAUCUCAAUCGCAGACCCAACCAAGUCUUCAUCGUUCACCUACUACUGUUGCAGCAGUUGCACACCCGCGUCGAGGGAUUCUCUUGUAAAUGUAGCUGCAAAACAGCACCAGUCAAACAUAACGAAUCUUCUCGUCGUCAACUCAAAGCCGAAUAUUUUGUCAAAAAUAUUCUCACACACGUCCCAUGUGUUUAGCUUUAUGAAGUAUGACUAUCCAAGAGUCACGGAAACUGUCCUUGACGACGAAAGACUAAAGGAUGCAAUACGUCAGACAGCACGAGACACCUCCCGAGCGGAUGGUAUUCCCGAGGAUGAGGCUCUCAAGAAGACCGAGGCUCGUGCCAGAACGAUCUUGGAGCGUAUGCAGAGCUCGCUAAGCGACGCCGUGCUGAGGUUCGCCGCUUGGACUCUGUACAAACUCCUCCCCUUAUUCAUCCAGUCGGCCGCCGUCCAGAGCCGCCACAUCGAGAUGCUUCGCAAAGCCAAUGAGACCAACUUACCUCUCAUCUUCAUGCCUCUGCACCGAAGUCAUCUCGAUUAUAUUAUGAUCAGCUUUCUCACGGUGACGAAUAACAUCAGGAGUCCACUCGUAGCAGCCGGUGAUAAUCUCAGGAUUCCGUUCUUUGGCGUUGGCCAGUCUAACAUGACUCCUUGGCGACGUAUUUUAAUGAGAAUGCAAGAGGGGAUACAAACCGGGCUGAUGAGCGGUCUGGGUGCCUUCUUCAUAAAACGCCGUCUGGACCCAGUCGCUGGUCGUCGCGACAUGCUGUACCGAGCCACUUUACAUACCUACAUCAUGGAGUGUCUUCGCGCUGGUCACAACCUCGAGUUCUUCGUCGAGGGAGGCAGGACGCGCACCGGCAAGCCCUGCAUGCCUAAGGGUGGCAUCCUCAGCGUCGUCAUCGACGCUUACAUGGAUGGUACAAUCGAAGAUGCGCUCCUCGUGCCAGUCUCUAUGAACUACGAGAGGCUCGUCGACGGAAACUUCGUUAGAGAGCAGCUUGGACAGCCCAAGAAGAUGGAAACCUUUGGGUCUACUAUAAGGGCGAUAUGGGCUACUCUUAUGGGCAAUUACGGCAUUGUGAAGGUUGAUCUUUGUCAGCCGUUUUCCUUGAAGGAAAUGCUAAAGUUUUUCCAAGCUCAACAAAACAAACUAGCUAUUCCUAGUCCUGCAGAGAGGCCAUUAAAAGUUACCAUGUCAACGUCUUCGCUAUAUGGAACAGAUGUUGUUGUGGAGGAACAUCGACAAUUGGUCGAUAAAAUUGCUCGUCACGUUGUUUACGACUGCUCAAAAUCAACACCGAUAAUGUCAACCAAUGUCGUCGCAUUCUUACUACUUAACAAAUUCAGAGAAGGUUGUACUUUAGAUAAGCUAGUUGAGGCUUUUGAUGCCCUGAGGCAAGAGCUGGAAUGGGCCAAAAGAGAUGUCGCUUUCUGCGGCGAGACCAUUGACAUCAUCAAUCAUGCGAUGGAAAUUCUGGGACCCGGUCUGGUGAAACAGCAACGGCAGGAAAUAACGGACGCCGUCGACGGUCAUCCCAUCAAGUCGCAGCUGGUUACUGCGAUCCGACCAGUAGCCAUUCUUCCAAACGUUAUCGAGCUUGCUUACUAUAGUAAUACGAUGCUGCUGCACUACGUGAUGGACAGUGUGGUCGUUACAGCCCUUUACGCUGCCCUAAAAACUCAAAUUAACGACCCUCAGGCUAUAGCUGCCAAUGACAUCACCGUCGCCCAGAGUGUGCUUGUCGAGAACGCGCUCGCCGUCUGUGAUAUACUCAAAUACGAAUUCAUAUUCUGCAAGCCUUGCCAGGACCUGGAGGAAAUCGUCAUAAGAACGAUAGAGAAUCUCAUGACCACGGGCAUCUUUUACAAGAAAGAGGAAGGACUUCUGGAAGAAGAAAUUUGGAGUAAGAAGUAUGCGAAACACUUUGAUGACAGUUCCGACGAGGAGUACAUAGCAGAGAGUCAGAUAAAAAAAACAGAGUUCAAACUUAGCUUAGAGUUAGAGCACUCUAAACGAAUGGAAUUCCUUCACACGCUACUGAGACCUCUUAUAGACACAUACACGUUCAGUGCUUUCAGUUUGAAGAAAUUGGUUGGCCGAUCUCUCUCAGAAAGGGAUUUAGUACAAGAAAUACUAGGUGAAAUUAAAACAAACAUAGACCAGGGAAUAAUCAAUUAUGGGGAAAGUUUAUGCGUUGAUCCAAUAAAAAAUUCGCUGAAACUCUUCGAGAAGAAGAAUAUUUUAGAAUGCCAUCCACAAGAACACGUCAAGAUUUACUACUUGAAAGAUGAAUAUGACGACGAUGCAGCUGCAAACACAGUUUACGAAACGAUAGCAGCUUACAAAUGGACAAGGAACACCGACUAGAGACGUUACGAAUCGUUUUUUUUUGUUGGUUCCUCGAAUCCGUUGAAAAAAUGCGAUAUAUUAAGUGACUUUUUUCUAUGUCGUAAGCAAUACGUCGGCGGAAUGUGUAUAGAUGACUAGGUUAAGUCCAAAGCGAAAAUGUAUUAUUAGUGUCGAAUAGCACACCAAUGAUGGAUAAGACUAUUUUCUUUCAAAGUGGUUAUUGAAAUAAGAAAGAGAGAAAAAUUUAUCAUAGCUUCUAUUUUUAUGUGAAUAGUUGAUUACCGUCGAGUCGUGCAUGGCUGAGUCGCGCGGUCGCUGUUAAAUACAAUUUUGUUAUGGAUUUAGAAUUAAAAUUUUAAUAAAAUAUAUUUUGCAAAACAAAUGUAAAUAAGCAAAGAGUAAAAAGUACCGAUAGAACAAGUGGACUAAUGAUUCGCGGUCAUAAUUAUCGGAUAACAAUUUCUUAUGGUCAUACAUUUUUUAUCAUCAAUGAAAAGCGAAUUUAUUUUUGACGAGAGCUCGGAUUCAAGGUUCCUUUUCGUCCGCAACAAAGAUUCGAGUAGAUCUUGGCCCUGUUGCAAUUCAUUGAAGAUUCCUUUAUUGGUUUUCAAAUAUUUUAAGUUUUUUUCAACGUUAAAUAUCUCAUUUUUUAUCUGUGUUUGUAAAAAAAGAAAAAUCACAAUAAAAAAUUUGAUUUAGAA